CAAUGUUUGUCUCCUGCAUUAUUUAUCAUAUUGUGGGAAAGAGCGCACAGAGACGGUAGAAUAUGGCAGGUGUAUGGAAGUGUUCACUAGCCUUGGCAGUGUUGAUCAUCUGUCUCUGGGGGGCCAGCGAGGCCGUGGGGGGUGCAAAGAGUCGGCCCAGACCCAAAAGGCGACCUCGCAAGAAGACAAAGGUGGAUCCUGUGGACUUGACGCCACCUCAAAAGAAUAUAGACGUACAACAGAUGACAGGAACAUGGUAUCUUCUCAACACCGCCUCCAAAUGUUCCUACCUGAUGGACCACGGAACCAAAGUGGAACCGACUGUCAUGACCCUCACCUUCUCUCCCACUUCAGCCCAAACUCUGCUGGUUAGCACUAAAACGCGUCACAAUCAUCAGUGUUGGGAGAUACUGCAGGUGUACGAUCUGACCCCGACUCUCGGACGUCUGACUCUUCAAGGAUCUCGGGCUGAGUUGAACACUGACAUCGUGGUUGUAGAGACCGACUACAGCUCCUACGCCAUCUUGUGCUACCAAAAAUUAGGAAAGAUCACAAUGAAACUCUAUAGCAGAUCUGUGGACAACCUAUCAGAACCAAUACUGAGCAAGUUUGAGCAGCUCGCUGAAAAGCAAAGCUUGGGACUGGCGUUCCUUUUCCCUUUCCCAACAUACAGUCACUGUGGUGAUGUGGACCAGCACCACAAAAUAAACUGUGUCCCCACAUGCUGAUCCAAGGGUGGAGGGAUAAUAAGUCAAUAAUGCAUUUGAAAAAUGGGAAUAUUCGGAAAUAAAAAUGAUGCAGCAUC